UACUGUGUAAUUUUGAUGAUGUGGUUGAAGUUGCUAUCAAUGUGUUUGUGGGAUGGGCACUGCCGCAGUCUGAGGGAAAGUCCAGCUUGCUAGCUUGCUAGCUUGAUGGCCUCAAAAGAUGCUACUAGCAUUGAAGUAAUCAGAGAUGAGAUAGAAGGAACGAACCUAGGUUUAGGCACAAGUGAUUUACAGCUUAUAGAUCUAUAUGGAGCAUUGUUUGAAGCGAGGGCUAAGUGGCGGCCAAUAGGUUUGGAGCUGAGGUUGACUCCAGGUACCCUGGAUGCAAUCGAACAGAUGAAAAUCAAUCCAUCUGAUCGAUUAGAGGCAGUCCUACUCCAUUGGCUACGGGUGACAAGAGGAGCCUCAUGGAAACAAGUGAUUGAUGCUCUACGGUCAGCUCUGGUCGGUGAAAUUCAACUAGCAGAGAAGUUGGAGCUAAAGUACUGUCCUCCAGAAACUGGCCACAGGGAGAAAAGGAAGUAUAGAAGCGAUGAUGAACAGCAACUGACAAAUGAUAUCAAAAGCAUUGAGAAGAAGUUUACUAACCUGCAAACAGCAACGAGAGAAUCUUUGAAGAAGAGUGACACUGUUGACUUGCUUUCCCUGGUAGCCCUCCUCACAUCGUAUCGAUCGUCCCGUGCUGUGAUUGAGAGUGAGAGUAACAUGCUGCUUGCCCACCAGCAGGAAGAGCUCAGAAGGGCUGCUAGUAUUGACGAAGUCUUUGUCAUCGUCUCUCCAUUUUGGUCAUUCCUUGACUUUGAGAUUCUAGAAGACGUGAUUAAUAAGUUUGGAGCUGAAAGUGAUCAAAGUGAUUUGGCUACGUAUUUCAUUGAGCUCAAAGAUUUUCUCAACACAUGGAAAAUAGAGCCUUGCAAGAUCAGCCGAUUGGACGAUGAUAAAAAAAGAGUUAAAUUUUGCUUCAAGCUUGACGCUGAUUCUCUUGCAAUUUAUCGUGACCUAAAGGCUGCCAUUGCUAGGAUUCUUAAAGUGCCUGUCUACGCUUUACACUUGCAUUCAAUUGAGAAUGGUUCCAUUCAGCUUCUUUUUUUCUUUCUAGGGAUAGUACAAUUGUCAUUUCACCAGUGUGAUCAAAUUGCACAAAUAAUUCCUUCUGUGCUAAAGGUGUCAUUAAUUCAUGGAUCAACAAGUGAAAUCAUCUUUGAGAGAGAGGAUCAGAAUCCAUCUCCUCCUCACAGCCAGUCACUACCCGUUGUCCCUGUAGGAGAAGAGGAUGAAGCUAAGACUACACCAUCACCAGGGGAAACGGUUGAGCCCACAGGGCAACAUACAAGUGUAACUGAGGAGAGUUGUGAGUCAUCUACACAGGGGAACACACCGAAUCUUGGUAAUACACCUCGAGUGUUUCAAAUGGCUCAACUGAGUUCACCGAUCCCUUCUGUUUCUUAUGAAGAGAUUACACAAUCACCAACACAGAAUCCUGGUAAAACACUUGCAGUGUCUCAAGCGUCUCUAGUGUCUCAAAUGGCUCAACUGAGUUCACCGAUCCCUUCUGUUUCUUAUGAAGAGCCUCUACAGACGUUGUCUUGCCAGAUUGGUAGCUCACUUCCUGUCCACAUCUUCCUUCCCCACGGUUCUCAUAUCACAUCUGCUGAGUCAGCAGACCAAGAUAUGGCCUCAGGAGUCGCACAGGUCAGCCAGACGGCUGAAGAGCAUCGUACAAAUGAUCGACAAGAGACGACACAAUUUCCAACACAGGAAUCACUUUAUGGAAGCAGUCAUCCUGGAGCAAUGGUGGUCGGUAUACAUUUUGAGAGCAUUGAUAGCCCUGACGAUACUUCUGCACCAUUGUCCUAACAGAUCUUUCAUGUUUAUCAGAGACCAGCCCUGAUUGCAGUUUCUCACCAAAUAAUAGUUAAACUUUAAGAGUCAGUCUAAAACGUUAAUUGUGGCCGGUUGUGUGUGUGUGUGUGUGUGUGUGUCUACUUGAUACAUGUAGGCAUAGUGUAACUUAAACAUUUCGUGUCUUUUUGUAUGUUUAUUUUUCUGUUGAUCUACAUGUCAGUAGUCCUUCA